AAUUCCAUCCUUCCAAUGAAUUAAAAAAAUAUAUAUAUUCAUUUCAAAAAAAACUAAAAAAAAAAAAAAAAAUUAAAUACCCAAGAUGCCCCAGCCUAUUGAAAAAAUACCAAGCCAUGUCUGCUCUCUUCCCACCUUAAAAUCACCUCCAAAUUUGUCCAAACUAAGGGGUAGUCUUAGAAACCCAUAAACAGUCACGCCUCAGCCUGCUCAUCAAAUCAAACACUUUCCUAUCCAAACAAAACUGUUUUCUGUUUUCUCUACCCACAGCCUCUUCUUUUCAUUUGUGUCUCAAAACUUCUCAUUUGAAACCAAAGGAAAAAAGAUUAAAGAACCUUUUUCAUGCCUGCUCUGAAAACCAGCUGAGAAAUCUUCUCUCUCCACCUCCACUAGAACUCCUCUGGGAAGAGAGAGAAAAUGGCAGUCUGCACUGUGUAUACAAUUCAAUCCCUCAACUCCACCUGUUCAAUCUCAACACCCACAAAAACCCGCUUAGGAUUUCACCAAAAGCAAGUGGUUUUCUACACCACUGACAAGAAAACCGGCAGGAGAGGAAGUAACAAUGGUCCAAGUGAGAUAAAAUGCUCAGCUGGCGACUCACAGACCGUUGUGAUUGGUUUGGCAGCUGACUCAGGGUGUGGAAAGAGCACCUUCAUGAGGAGGCUGACCAGUGUGUUUGGAGGGGCAGCAGAACCACCAAAAGGUGGUAAUCCAGACUCCAAUACACUCAUCAGUGACACGACCACUGUGAUAUGUUUGGAUGAUUAUCACUCACUGGAUAGGACUGGAAGGAAAGAGAAGGGUGUGACUGCACUUGAUCCAAGAGCCAACGAUUUUGAUCUCAUGUAUGAGCAGGUUAAGGCUAUCAAGAGUGGUGUUGCUGUUGAUAAGCCUAUUUAUAACCAUGUGACUGGUCUCUUGGACCCUCCUGAGCUCAUCAAGCCCCCCAAGAUCCUUGUCAUUGAAGGAUUGCACCCAAUGUAUGAUCAGCGUGUGAGGGACCUUUUGGACUUCAGCAUCUAUUUGGAUAUCAGCAAUGAGGUUAAAUUUGCCUGGAAAAUACAGAGAGACAUGGCGGAGCGAGGACACAGCCUCGAAAGUAUCAAAGCUAGUAUUGAAGCCCGAAAGCCAGAUUUUGAUGCUUACAUUGAUACACAGAAGCAAUAUGCAGAUGCUGUUAUUGAAGUGUUGCCAACCCAGCUCAUUCCUAGUGAUAAUGAGGGAAAGGUUUUGAGAGUAAGGUUGAUAAUGAAAGAAGGGGUGAAGUAUUUCAAUCCAGUUUACCUGUUUGAUGAAGGCUCUACCAUCUCAUGGAUACCAUGUGGGAGGAAACUCACUUGCUCUUACCCUGGCAUAAAAUUUUUCUAUGGUCCUGAGACCUACUUUGGCCAUGAGGUGUCUGUGUUGGAGAUGGACGGCCAAUUCGACAGAUUAGACGAGCUCAUCUACGUCGAAAGUCAUCUGAGCAACAUCUCUACCAACUUCUAUGGUGAAGUCACUCAACAAAUGCUGAAGCAUGCCGACUUCCCGGGCAGCAGCAAUGGAACUGGUCUCUUCCAAACCAUAGUCGGAUUGAAGAUAAGAGACCUCUAUGAGCAACUCAUAGCCACCAAGGCUGCGGCUCCAUUAAAAGCCACAAAAGCCUAAAAAAACUGGUUAAAACUAUAGCUCACGAAACUUCCGUCGUUACAUAUUCUCUGUGAUCUAAAAUUGUUCCUUCUCCUUAGCAUUUUCCAUGAUUUUUAUUUAGAUUUUCCUCUCUCUCUCUCUCUCUCUCUCUCUC